AUUGCUUACAUCCCUAGAUCGGCGUCGCGUUUGUUGUUCUCUUUAUUUAGUUCGUUCGGUAGAAAAACUACGUUUAAAUCUGAGUUUGUAAACGAAAUCCAAGCGAAAAACACCACAAAAACAGUGCCUACCGUGGUGCAUUGUCUCACGCCCAGGCGGCCAACUAUUAUUUUGCUUGCAAAGUACCUAGAGGCAGGCCUUCUUGACAUGGCAACUGACACUGUGCCCAACACUGAAAACUUUAAUAUCGCCAACGGUGAGGAAGAUGUUAUAUGUCCUAGCUGCGAUGCGAAAAUUAAACGCAGCCAGGUGGCCGAUCACUGCCAAAUUGAAAUGGAGCGAUUGCACGGCAUGCAGCUGCGUUCCACACAGACAGCGGCGGCCAUUCCUGCUCAGGCUUCUACCACAACAUCACAAACGCAGUCAGCUGCUGCCGCUGCUGAGGGGGGCGGCCAGCGCAAGCCAUGGAGUGUGUUCCAGCGCGUGCAACGCAACCGUCAAGCACGGCAGCGACAACGCACACGCAAACGACCCACACCACCGCCACCGCCAGUAACAGUUGCUGCUGCUGCGCCUAGCCAAGCUGCUGAAACGACCUGCAGCUGUCCCGUGUGCAACAGGAACUUCCCACAGGCCGAGAUACAGGAGCAUGUUAACCAGUGCCUGCGCUCCAGUGGACGCAACGGUGAACGGCAUUCCAGCGAUGAUGACGACGACAGCGAUGAGUACGAGGAAUACGAGUGGGCGGGACAGAAGCGCAUCCGCGUAUCGACGCUCGUCCAGGGCGGCUAUAGGGCGCUGAAUCUGGGACAGACCAUCAAGUACAAUGGUGGGCAGCAGGCGGCCAACGAUGAUGAGGAUGAUGUCAAUGUGGACGAGGAUGAUACGCACAUCUAUGGACCGACACAAUAUGGCGAGGCAGACGUUAUACCGCUGGACAAUGAGGAUGGCACUGGAGAGGGUGUUUCCGAGACGGACGUUACCAGCUAUGUGCGAAGGCUCAUAUCGUCCAAUGAGACGCCCAAGACCAGCCUCAGUGCCAAUAAUGCCCGCGAAUCGACUGAAGAAAUAAAUGACGCGGCCAGCCAGGCACCGUCUACAUCUGGACAGCAAGCGGCAUCCACUUCUCGUAGCAGCAGCAGUGGCACAUCGGCGCAGAUCAUCGAAUCCCUGAAGGCACGUCUGCGUCUCUACGAGAAACAGGCGCAGAGCAAGCUCAAAUGUUUGAUUUGCAUUGACGAUUAUAAAAAUCCCGCCAUCUCAGUGUCCUGCUGGCAUGUUCACUGUGAGCAGUGCUGGCUGCAAACGCUGGGCGCGCGCAAGCUUUGUCCACAAUGUAAUUCCAUAACCACGCCAAAAGAUUUGAGACGCAUUUACCUAUAAAUGGGAUUCUAGUUGUCAACUCUGCCAACAACUAUGAUGAUUUGUUAUAAUGUUUGCAAAGUAGCUUAUUAUAAACUUAUUGAAGUUAGUUUUAUUUCACAAUAUAUAUAUAAUUUAUACAGAUAACAAGGAAUACAGCUAUGAUUAUCAUACGUGAC